AUGUACAUGUGUAGCAAUACCGGCCUGUCUGGUUGGGCAGAGCUUAGAAAUCGCACUCAAUACUUAUACUGCCCGAAUGUGGCCGGUCAAAUGUUGCACGUCACCCUAGGACCCGGUUGUCGACUUCCCGACUCGCUUUUUCCUCCGCUCACCUCCCCGCCUCCCCCUCGAUUUGUACGAUUUCUCAAAAACACGUCCGACAGCACGACACUUGUUUGA